AUGUCUUUUCCUUCCGGUAGUGGAGAUCCCAACGAUCCGAGGACUUGGGGAUGGAGCGACUCAUCCUCUACUCCUGGUGGUCAAUCACAAGGAUUUGGAGCGGGCAUAGGAAACGACGCACCCGCGGCUCCGCCUUUCUCAACAACAUCUGCCCAAUGGCAUUCUCCACCACAGGAUCAUUCGCACGCUUAUACCCCAGCUCCCAAUCAUUCAGACCCUUACUGGCAACAGGGAUCUUAUCAACAAAGCGCUGCUACCCACCAAUCCGGCUUUUCUGGUCCGCCUGGUCAUCAUGCGUAUCCACCUCAGCAAACGUACGGCCAGCCAUCAAAUUGGGGUCAACCAACCCAUGGCAGCAGCUAUCCGGGGCCAUCAAGCCCCGGUACAGCUUACAGUUACUACCAGAGUAAUCCUCACAUGUAUUGGAACGAUGGAAAGCCCAGCGGUAUCCUCGCUCAGGCCGUCCAAUCGACCAGACCCGCUGGCUAUACCGGUGCUUGGCCACCCAAGGACGCUGCUUCGGCCGCUAUUGCGCUCGGCGCUGUGCUCAACAACAAGAAACAGUCUUCCGCCCAAAGUGGAGCCUCUGGUCAGUUCAAUCCUCAAGGUCCUCCUGGUUAUGGCAGUGGAGGCUUCUAUGGAUCAGCUUCGGGCUAUGGAGGGCCUCCAGCAGGUCAAGGGUGGUAA